AUGCAGUCCCCCCGGACGGUUAAAGACCUGCAGCGACUCAAUAGAAGACUCGUCGCCCUGUCUCGCUUCCUCGCCCGAUCGGGCGAUCGCUGCCUCCCAUUCUUCAAGGCACUCAAAGACCCGAGGAACUUCCAAUGGACAUCGGAAUGUGAGGAGACUCUGAAGAAGAUGAAGCGGCACCUGGCCAGCCUCCCUCGGCUCGCCUCUGUCUCCCCCGGCGAGAAACUAGGGCUCUACUUGGCGGCCUCCCCGCGUGCGGUCAGCUCCGUCCUUGUCAAGCAAAGCUCCGGUCCACAACUCCCGAUCUACUAUGUCAGCCACGUCCUCAAUGGACCCGAAGAACGCUACCCGCCGAUAGAAAAGCUCGCACUCGCCCUGAUGCUCUCGGCCCGGAAGCUGCGCCCUUACUUCCAGGCGCACUCAGUGGAGGUCAUCACCGACCAGCCUCUCCGGCAGGUCUUAACAAAGUUCGAUGUUGCAGGGAGGCUCCUCCGAUGGGCGGUGGAGCUCAGCGAGCACGAUAUCAGCUACGUCCCCAGAACCGCCAUCAAGGCCCAAGCGGUAGCCGACUUCGUCGCGGAAUUGGCCCAAAUGGAUGGAGAUCCCGGACAAACCCCCGAAGCUUGGACCCUACAUGUGGACAGCUCGGCCAACUUAAGGGGUGCCGGAGCGGGGCUGGUCCUUCUCACCCCUGACGGACGCUCGUUCGAGCGUUCCCUUCGCUUCGUGUUCAAGGCCACGAAUAACGAGGCGGAAUACGAGGCGCUCCUAGCAGGAUUGAGGCUGGCCCUCGAGAUGCAGCUCAACGGCGGAUAUGAAGCUCGGGACGCGACCAUGGCCAAAUACCUGGCACGGGUAAGGGACCUUACCACGAGAUUCCCUUACUUCACAUUAUCUAAUGUCCCGAGGGAGGAAAACGGGAGAGCCGAUGCGCUCGCUAAGCUGGCGUCGAGACAAGCCCCCGAAGCAUGGCCGAGGAUCGAGGAACUCCCUGCUCGCACCAUUGAAGUAGCAACAACGGCCCCAGGAGGCCCGCCGACCACGUGGGUGCAGGAGCUGCUGCGCUUCAAGCGGGACGGAACCCUCCCCCUCGACGAAGUCGCGGCUCGGCGUCUACGCCGCACACACGCGUGGUACACCGAGGAGAGUGGUCGACUUUACAAACGGUCCUUCACCCAUCCCCUCCUGCGAUGCUUGGAGCCCGACGAAGCGAAGACAGUCCUGGCUGAAACCCACGAGGGGUGGGGGCUGGACCUCCUCGGCCCCUUCCCACCGGCUCUUGGACAGCGGAAGUACAUAAUCGUGGGCGUAGACUACUUUACAAAGUGGGUCGAGGCCGAGCCACUGGCGACGAUCACGGAGCAUCAAGUGGAGAAAUUCGUGUGGAAGAAUCUGGUAACGCGGUUCGGAUUGCCCAAAACCAUUAUCACCGACAACGGGCCUCAGUUCGCAGGCACAAGGUUCCAAGAAUUCUGCGCCAGUCAUGGCAUUCAACUGAGGUUCAGCUCGGUGGCCCACCCUCAGACGAAUGGACUGGCCGAAGUAACCAACCGUUCCAUCCUGGACGGCCUCAAAAGAAGAGUGUCUGCGGCCCGAUCGACCUGGACGGACGAGCUCCCCAGUGUGUUAUGGUCGCUGCGCACCACCCCCAAGACGGCGACCGGAGAGUCCCCGUACAGCUUGACGUUCGGAACCGAGGCCGUCCUACCGCCCGAGGCGGCAGUCGCCACACUUCGGACGUGGAGCUACGAAGAGGAAGCCUCGAACCAGGGAAUUCGCGCCAGCCUCGACAUGCUCGAGGAGCGACGCGCCAACGCGCACCUAAAGGCCCUCUCUCACCAGAGAGCCAUCGCCCAGAUCUACAACAGAAAGGUGCGACCCCGACCAAUCAAGCUAGGCGAUCUAGUCCUACGAAGGGCCGAGGUCAGCGACCCGACCCGAACGAGGGGGAAGCUGGCCCCUAAGUGGGAAGGACCAUAUCGGGUCGCCAACGUGGUCCGACCAGGCACCUAUCGCCUCACCGACAUGGACGGCGCCACCUGCCGAGGACGUGGAACAUCCAGAACCUCAAAAAGUUCUUUGUCUAAGGUCAGUACCCGCGGAAACCCCUUCCAAGUCAAAACAGUGCGAUUUCCGAGGCUCGAAGACAUUGGGGAAGGGCCUCUUCGUUUCUGA